AUGGCACAACGAGUUCAACAGAUUGCUAGUCAUCUUGCAGGAAACAACGUAGCUGUUGCUAGAGUUGGAAUGAAAACCCCAGACGAUGUAGUCAUUGUCACAGCUGUUCGUACACCCAUGACUAAAGCUAAGAAGGGUGGCUUCAAGGAUACAGUACCUGAAGAGUUGCUUGCUGCUGUUUUCAAGGCUAUCCUUGACAAAUCAAAAAUUGACCCUAAUCUUAUUCAAGACAUUGCUGUUGGUAACGUUCUUCCUCCCGGAGGUGGUGCUACUGUUGCACGUGCGGCCGCUUUAUAUGCUGGCAUUCCUGAUACCGCUGCUUUAAAUACUGUUAACAGGCAAUGCUCCUCGGGUUUACAAGCAAUUGUACAAAUUGCUCAUGAAAUAGCACUUGAUCAAAUCGAAAUUGGCAUAGGUGCCGGUGUAGAAAGUAUGACUUUUGGUUAUGGUGCUGGAGUUAUGCCUGAAAAUACCUCUGAACAAGUUUUUUCAAAUCAAGCCGCGGCUGAUUGUUUGUUACCGAUGGGAAUUACUUCCGAAAAUGUUGCAAAAGAUUUUGGUAUUACUCGCGCUAAGCAAGAUGCAUUUGCUGCGUUAUCUCAUAAAAAAGCCGCCGCCGCUCAAGAUACUGGCCUGUUUAAAGAAGAAAUUAUUCCUGUUAAAGCGAAAUGGACAGAUCCAAAGUCUGGCGAUGAAAAGGAAAUAGUUGUAUCAGAAGAUGAUGGUAUACGUAGGGGAACUACACCGGAGGGUUUGGCCAAAUUAAAGCCUGCUUUCGCGGCUGAUGGUACUACCACCGCUGGUAGUUCUUCCCAAGUUUCAGAUGGUGCCGGAGCUGUUUUAUUGAUGAAAAGAAAAACCGCCGAAAGAUUAGGUUUACCUAUUCUCGGUAAAUUUGUUCGUGCUGCCGUUGUCGGUGUUCCACCAAGAAUUAUGGGGAUUGGACCGGCACUUGCUAUUCCAAUUGUUCUUAAACAAACUGGACUUACCGUUGACGAUAUUGAUAUUUUUGAAAUCAAUGAAGCUUUUGCUUCUCAAGCUGUUUAUUGUGUUGAAAAAUUAGGUAUUGAUAUUAACAAGGUUAACCCAAAGGGAGGAGCUAUUGCAUUAGGACAUCCACUUGGAGCCACAGGUGCUAGACAAAUAUCAACUAUAUUGACUGAAUUAAGAAGAACAAAAAAGAAAUUAGGUCUCACAUCUAUGUGUAUUGGUAGUGGCAUGGGUAUGGCUGCUGUUUUUGAAGCUGAGUGGUAA